CCGGUCCCUAGGAAGCAGUCUCAACAAGUCCCUUCCACGCAACUGCCUCGGUGCCCGAUGUCCUGGAAGUGGAGUGAAUAUUGGCGCCACGACAGCCUCUGUCUCUAUUGACUGCUGCCGACACCCAAGUGGCGCGAACACACCUCAAUCAGAAUCAGCUCAUUCCCCUCCCCACUUCAAUGUAAAACCGAACCGGACUGGAAACGCGGCCUGCGGAUAACUCUGAAGCUAUCCAAAUGAAAUGUUCCAAAAGAAGCCAAAGGUCCAGCACAUGUCAUGUUUAAUCAUUAGUAAAGUAAUCAAGCCCUCAAGUUGUGGAAUUUAUAAGCCACGCACCGUGAUAAGUUAUCUAUGUAAAUGAAAAUUUAAUUGUAGGCACAUCGCCUCUAUAUUAAACCGCCCUCUGCCAGCAAGCUUUCUGUCAGUUGCCAUUGGAUUGUGUGGGGAGUCUAAAGCAGACAGGACGACCAUGAAAACUUUAACCGAGAAGAUCUCUUUCGCAGCUUUUAUGAAACAAAAGCGAAUGGGACUGAACGAUCUCAUCCAGAAAAUAGCAGCUUCUCAGUCCUACGCCUGUAAACACUCAGAAGUGCCAGCCAUGUUACACGUCACUCCUAAAGAAACCGAAGCGAAUGGGGACAGCGCGUCUCCUCCGCCCAGCCCAAUGUCAGCCCAGAUCAACCUUGGUCCUUCCUCUAACCCCCAGGCAAAGCCAAGUGACUUCAACUUUCUAAAGGUGAUUGGAAAAGGAAGUUUUGGAAAGGUUCUCCUAGCGAAACACAAGUCUGACGACCAGUUUUAUGCUGUGAAAGUCUUGCAGAAAAAAGCAAUUCUGAAGAAGAAAGAGGAGAAGCACAUUAUGUCGGAGCGCAAUGUUCUGCUGAAGAACGUGAAGCACCCUUUCCUGGUGGGGCUGCACUAUUCAUUCCAGACAGCUGAUAAACUCUACUUUGUCCUGGAUUACAUAAACGGAGGCGAGUUGUUUUACCACCUCCAGCGUGAGCGAUGUUUCCUGGAACCAAGAGCAAGGUUUUAUGCUGCUGAAAUUGCCAGUGCUCUGGGUUACCUCCAUUCUCUUAACAUUGUUUACAGAGAUUUAAAGCCUGAGAAUAUUUUACUUGAUCGCCAAGGACACAUUGUUCUGACUGAUUUUGGUCUAUGCAAAGAGAACAUUGAAUCAAAUGGCACAACAUGCACUUUCUGUGGCACACCUGAGUACUUGGCUCCUGAGGUUUUACACAAGCAACCCUAUGACCGAACAGUUGACUGGUGGUGCCUGGGUGCGGUUCUCUAUGAGAUGUUGUACGGCUUGCCGCCAUUCUAUAGCAGAAACACGGCUGAGAUGUAUGAUAAUAUUCUGAACAAGCCACUACUUUUGAAACCGAAUAUUUCCAAUGCUGCUAGAGACCUGCUGGAGGGCUUGCUGCAAAAAGACCGAACAAAACGUCUGGGUGCGAAGGCAGACUUUCUGGAUAUCAAGGCCCACAUCUUCUUUUCUCCGAUAAACUGGGUUGAUUUAAAUGCCAAGAAGCUUACGCCUCCAUUUAAUCCUAAUGUGAGUGGACCUUCUGACCUGCAACACUUUGAUCCAGAGUUCACAGAGGAACCAGUUCCAAACUCCAUUGGUAGAUCACCUGAUAAUGCUCUGAUUACUGCCAGUGUUAAGGAAGCAUCAGAAGCUUUCCUGGGAUUUUCAUAUGCUCCACCGCUCGACUCCUUCCUGUAGUGAAUCAUCACAUUGAAUCGCCUGAUGGGGUUCACCUUAACUGAGCUCUAAGCUCAGUUACCAAGAAAUGGAACUUAGCUUGGAAGGAAAGUUACACAUCUCAUUGGCAGCUGCCUGGCCUUCUAUUCCAUUUCUGAGAUGAUUCUGAAAUGUUCAAGGAGCAUUUGUUGCCGUGUGGAUCUUGAAAGGUGGCUUCAACGUGCCGUGUGGCGACACACCAGAAAAAAGGGAUAGAGAGAGAAUUUUUGUCACCCAUCCAUCAUUUCAAGAUCUUUUUAUUUAAACCUGACUUGAAAACAAUGAUUGCCUGAAGUCUGUUUCAGUACACGUGCCUUUUGCAAUCAGCAAGUCCGAAGGCAUUGGAGUGGUCAUGUACAAGGGUUGUGACACAGUAUAUAGAAAUGUGAACAAUGGUGCAAGUAUGGUUCAGACUGGGCCAUGGGCCUAAUGAUUUCUGUGGUUUAAACAUUGACUUGAGAGACUUUUAUCGACACAGCAGAUCCUGCACAAUGGGGUAUAUUCAUCACAUCCGCACAAGGAAGACAAAAUGUUGUGUCGCAAUGCUGUCUCUAUUUAAUUUAACAUCUCUCCACCCAUACAAAUAUACACAAUUAAUCUCUAAAAUAGUUUACUACAAUAUGCUUGAGGCAUUGCUGCUAUAGGUAGAACUAUAAAUUGUUUCUAGGACCAAAAUGCCCCAUUGUGCUGUCUGUCUUAACUUCCAACUGGCUUCUAUGUGCUCGUAACCUUGUAUGUAUAAAGUAACUUCAUUAUUGUCUCUAACAUUCCAGAUUUUAAUGGUUAUCCCAUUUCAGCUGUGCAUAUGUAAGGAAAUCUGUAUGUUGUGAUCUGUUGCUGCACUAGUUUUAAUGUGUAUAUUUAAGACAUUACCAGUAAUGUAAAUGAUUUUUCUGUAAAAUAGAUUGUAAUUUUAAUUUGUUUUGAAAUGUACACAUUCCUGAACUAAGGUUGAGUUUGCAAUAAAUGUGAAACUAUUUUAAAAAUA